UCCCUUUUAGCUGUAGGAGAAUACGGCUGCCAAUCUGGUAGGCCACUCCCAUGGUGUCUGGGAGCUGAGAGGAGCCUGGGGUAAGGAGGAUAACGGGGCAGUGAGGAACCUGGUCCAUUUCGAGCGCGGCUUCUUUUGGCCCUUUCGUACGCAACGCCUGGGAGUCUGUGGGGAGCCCUGAGGGAGAUGUGGCAGCCGGCGAGCGAAAGGCUGCAGCACUUCCAGACCAUGAUAAAGUCCAAGCUGAACGUGUUAACCCUUCAUAAGGAACCUCUUCCAGCUGUUAUCUUCCACGAGCCUGAAGACAUUGAACUUUGCACCACAAUGCCACUUAUGAAGACCCGACCUCACGCAGGCUGCAAGGUAACAUAUCUGGGGAAAGUAUCCACCACAGGAGGUCAGUUUGCUUCAGGAUGCACAGAACAGCCAGUGAUUGAGUUGUGGAAGCAGCAUACCCUGGCCCGAGAAGAUGUUUUCCCCUCUAAUGCCCUCCUUGAAAUCCGCCCCUUCCAGGUACGGCUUCACCACCAGGACCUAAAGGGUGAAGCUACUGUCCACAUGGACACUUUCCAAGUGGCACGCAUAGCCUAUUGUACGGCCGAUCACAAUGUGAGUCCCAACAUCUUUGCCUGGGUAUACAGAGAAAUCAAUGAUGAUCUGAGCUUCCAGAUGGAUUGUCAUGCUGUGGAGUGUGAAAGCAAGUUAGAAGCUAAAAAGCUGGCACAUGCCAUGAUGGUGGCAUUUAAGAAGACCUUCCAGAGCAUGAGGAGCGAUGGGCGAAUCCACCAAGAUAGCUCCUCGGAGGAGGUGUCUCAGGGAUUCGAGUCUGAUGAUGGUUGAACUUUUCUUUUUCUGGGGAAAGGCAUCAACUGUGUGAAGCAGCAGCAGCUGGUGAAUGGUCCAUAUCGGGAGUGGGACUAGAGGACAUUAUCUGGCCAGCAUCCUUAACAAAAAAUGCACCUAUAUCGAUGCAACAUUAAAGUGUCCGUUACAGUGCUGCUUUCCCAAAAAUGUGACAACUCUUCUUUUUCUCCCCAUCCACCCCCCCCCCCCAACCCCCUUUUACCUCCUUCCUUUCAGUGCCAAUUCAAAGCCCUAACCUUUUUCUUUCUUGGUCUUAAAAAGAUUCUAGUUGCCUUUGAAAUCCCUUGCUCCCCUGCCAUUCAGAAUGAGUUAUGAGUGAGUGUUUUUGGUGGAAUAAGCUCUUCACGGAUUGACACCUAGAGUUCUAAAAGGAACAGCAAAGUGUCCAUUUUAAAUAUUUCGAAGCAUAUUUUUAUUUACACAGUAUAGAUUUUUAUAUAUAUGGCAUAUAUUUUUCUUUAAUAUUAACAGUGUUAGCAGAUGAUCAUACACACAACCACUUGCCAUCUGGAGAUCCAUGAUCAGGCGUUUAAUGAUAAGUAGUCUACUGAGGGUUCUUCAAGGCUGUGGAGCUGAGGCGGCUUUCUUGUAAGCGAAACGCUUCGCAGUGAGUUUACAUUCAAUACUAAAUCACCUUAACAUAUUUAAAGGGAUACUACCAUGAAACAGCUUCGUCCAGUUGUGGUUUUUAUUUUAAGAGUCACAUGAAUCAUCGGAAUCGUAGCACGAUUAUUAAUUCUCUUAAUUGGAACAUUAUUACAUUUACACCACUGCAUCACGGAGGGCCCUUUCAUUAUCAUUCGAUAGUGUUUGGUGGUGAAAAAGUAAGUUGCUGUAUGUAGUGACCUUUGGCUUAAGGAGCCUAUAUACACGGGCACAUGUUGGCUGCAGAUUUGCCAUUUCUUGGCUCAGUUGUUAUAAUAGAUUUUUGAAGAAACAAAUCCAAUAUCCGCACAUUCCCCUUGCAUUAGGCAGUAGAUCGGCCUGGUUUGGGCCACCUUGUAGGUAGCCAAUCAGGGCACAUAUCCGUUUUGUUAGUUACAUAUGUGACCAGCCCCCAAAUCAUUAGUUUAUAAACCCUUUCAUUGCUAAUAGACACAUGUUUCCUCCUUCCCUCUCAUGUUGUUAUUUUCUGCUCCUAUAUUAGCCAUGGUCUCAACUCUUUCACUUCUAUGUUUCCAGGGGUUUGAAUUCAAGUAGGGUAUAUAUAUUUUUUGUUAAAUUUAGUAAAUCAAGGGGUGUUGCGUCUCUGUAUAUUUACAUCUAUACUAACGUGAUGGAGCUGGACGCAGGCAAACAAUAUGGCAGCUUCUGCUCUAAAGUGUAAAUGUAAAUAUGCAGCAGAUUUGGGCACAAAAUAACCUUUGUCUCUUCACCAUUACAUUUUGGGAAUAGGAAUGAAACACAACCCCCACAUAAACACAGAGUGCAUUUGCCUUUAACAAAAUGUUAAAUGUGAAAUCUAAUUGAAUGAAUGAAAACUGCAUGGUGGAAUUA